CAAACACCUUUAGCUUUGCUAUCUCCUCUUUUUUCUACACGCUACCGCACAUACCCAAUCAGCAGAUAGCGAGCUGGAAUGUCUACAUUAUUCAACAUCAAGAGCGGCCAAUCUCGCACUUUUAAGCCAAAGAAGGUUGCCGAAGGUACAAAACAAUGGCAGCUGAAGCAGUACGCCCAGCAGACCCUGGGAUCUGGUAACCUUAGGACCGCUGUCAAGCUACCGGAAGGAGAGGAUCUUCAGGAAUGGAUUGCGGUGCAUGUGGUGGACUUUUUCAACCAUGUCAACAUGCUCUAUGGGACUGUCUCUGAGUUUUGCACGCCUGCUGAAUGCCCUAUAAUGAACGCCGGUCCCAAGUACGAGUACUUCUGGGAAGAUGGAACCAACUACAAAAAGCCAACCCACCUCUCUGCCCCUGCUUACGUCGAAGCCCUCAUGUCUUGGACCCAAUCCAUCCUCGACGACGAGAAGCACUUUCCUCAGACGAUCGGCAAACGCUUCCCACCUACGUUCAUGACCACCGCCAAGACGAUUCUCAGGAGACUGUUCAGAGUCUACGCGCACAUCUACCACUCGCAUUUCGACCAAAUUUGUGCUCUUGGUAUUGAGGCCCACUUGAACACCAACUACCGACACUUUUUGCUCUUUGUUGACGAGUUUGCUCUGUUGUCCGAGAAGGAUCUCGUUCCUCUCGAAGACUUCAACAAGACCAUCUUGAACGAGACUGGGAAGUAAAGGGCAUACUGGGCCAUGUAUAGAGUAUUGGGGCGAUGAACGGGGGCGUUCUGGGUCUUGCUUCGUCUGCGCGACAUGCAUUUGUACUAUAC